AUGCUGGCGAGCGGCGUGUUCAGCGGCGUAAUGGCUGCCACUCUCAUUGCCGUUGCUGCCUACGCCAUUGUCGUGAGUCGCCGGAUGGACAUUCAGUCGGUCCAAAGCUUUGUCAGUGCCAAGAACUCGACCACGACGCUGCGGCUCGCGUGGUGUUUGUUCUCGGCCGGCAUUGGCGCUGGAACGCUCUUUUCGUACCCGCAGAUUGGCGUGGACGCAGGCGCGUGGGGCGUCAUUGGCUACGCGCUCUCUGGCGUAGUCGGCAUGCUCGUGCUCGCUCUUGUUGGGCCGUCCACGCGCUCGGCCCUCGGCGAGAACGUCACGAUGACGGACGUUGUCUCGCAGCGCUUUGGCUACGUGUUGCAAGUCUACGUCGGCUUCAUCUCGAUGUUCUACCAGUUCAUCUGCCUCGCGUCCGAGUACACGUGCAUUGCCCAGCUCACGACAAUGCUGUCGCCCAGUGCGCACCCGAUCGUGCCGAUCCUCAUUGUCGCGUUCCUCACGAACCUCUACCUCGUGAUCGGCGGCCUGCGCGCGAGCUUGGCGACCGACGUGUGGCAAGGCAUUGGCGUCGUGGCGCUCGUCACGAUCGUUUGCAUCGCAAUGUUCUUCCACGUGUCGAUCCCCGACGGCGCCUGGGCCCGCACGAACGUCGCUGCGUUCACGACCACCGGCUUUGAGACACUCGUGACGCUCGUGAUUGCAGUGACGGCGUCCAAUUUGUUCUUCACGGGCUUCUGGCAACGCGUGUACGCGGCCUACGACGACCGCACGUUGCGCAGAGGGGCCGUGCUUGCCAGCGUGAUCAUUGCAUUGUUCACCGUGGCGCUUGCCAUCGCCGGCAUGGUGUCGUAUCUCGCGUACCCAGACGGUGCCUUGUUCUUCGCGAUCCUCAUCGACAUGGGCCGCGGCUGGCAAGUGCUCAUUGUUGUAGUGAUUGCCAUGUUAUCAAGCGGCGUGUCCGAUUCGAUUCAAAUUGGACUGGCAGCUGAGCUCACCACGUGCUUCCCCACGAUGUCGUUGGUACACGCGCGCAUUGUCUGUGUGCUCCUCAACGCGCCUGCGAUCGCCAUCGGCUACCAGCAGUACGACAUCCUGACACUGUACCUCAUUGCUGAUCUCCUGUGCACGGCUGCCGUUGGUCCCAUGCUGCUGUGCACGUGGAAGCGCGCGACCCGUCCAGGUGCACUCGCUGGCAGCGCUUCUGGUCUGGUCACGAUCUUUGUCUGUGGCGUCAUCAUGCAGGGCAAGUUCGUGGGCGGCUUCAACUGGUUCGUCUUGCCAGAAGGUCUCUACUCGCAGAACAGCAUGAUCACGUUCAUCGUGACGUUGAUCAUACCCCCCGUCGUCACCAUCGCCGUGUCUUUGAUGACGGAACCGAGUGCCAACGAAGUGAACAGGGACGACAGCUACCUGCUGCAGCACUCAUUUGUCCAAGAAAGCACCAAAGCGUAG